AUGGAGUUUUCGUCUCUUCCGUUUUGCUCUUUAUCUUCCUUUAYAGGAAUAGUUCUUGGGAUCUUAAUCGCUUUUAAGCUUCUUGGCUCAAAAGAGAAGASAACCAAGAAAGUUCCUCAAGGCGUAGUUCUUCUGCAUCAGUUUGAACGAGGUCGUAUAGGUGUUCCUAACCUGUCACCGCCAUGUUUGAAGUUAGAAACCUACCUUCGAAUGACAAAGAUUCCCUACGAGUGCGAUUAUACAUUGAAAUUUUCAAGCAAGGGGAARAUGCCUUGGAUAGAAUACAACGGAAAAGUGAUUGCGGACUCCAGCUUCUGUAUUGAGUUUCUUAAUAAGGAGUUUGGAGUCGAUGUUGACGAUCACCUGAGCGAUGAGCAGAAAGGCAUUGCUAGAGCUGUAAGGGUGAUGUUGGAAGAAAAUACUGUGUGGACAUUGGGCUACUGGCGUUGGCUUGGAGAAUGUGUAGAUGAAUUCAGGAAUCUAUUCUUUGGAAACAUGAUUUUCCCAAUUAAGUAUGCAUUGUUCUGGUGGUAUCAAGGAAAGAGCAAAGUUAAUCUCUAUGGUCAUGGGAUUGGCCGUCAUACUCCCAAGGAGAUUUAUGGCAUAGCUGAGAAAGACCUUAGAUCAGCUUCUGCAAUUCUUGGAAAAAAGAAAUUUUUAUUUGGAUACAAACCAUGUAUUGCCGAUGCUGCUCUCUUUGCAAUUGUGAGCAAUUUUAUCUUCACAAUACCUCUUUGUCCACAAGGAAAAGUUAUUUUAACACAUUUUAAAAAUCUAGAGGAUCACACAAAACGAAUGAAAGAGGCUUUUUAUCCUGACUGGGAUGAACUUUACACAACUAGGUGAAAUAUUUCAGGAUUCCUGUGUCUUUCAUGAUGUUUUACAGCUUUGCUUACUAAGCUGAUUGCUCAGGUCCCAGGCUGCAGGAUUAAAACUAAAACACAAGUUCAGCACAUAUAUAUUUAGGAAUGUAUAGUAACUGACAAAAUGUUCAAAUUGUUAGAAUCUAUUCUAUAUGUUUAAUAGAGAAAAUCCAGAUAGGGUUGUUGCCAUAAAAAAUCAUGUGUUCCAAAAAUGUGUACAAUUUCCUGAUAUAUUUUGUUUGUCAAUAAAAUUAUGUUUUAUUAUUUUGCCUUUACUGGAACUUCAG